ACCAGCUUGUGUUUCGCCGACAAAGCUAGCACACAGGCUCUGCCUCCAUAGUACGCUUUGAUGCAUAUAUAUAACUGCUCCUUUUGCCCAAAUCAUAAAGCAGCGGCCAAGGUGAUUCUCUGAUGGAAUCAUUGACUGCCUAUUCGUCAGACGACUCAUCGCUCGACUCGGGUCACGUGCGCGGCAUCUCGCCAUCUUCGUUGGAUAAACCAAACUCUGAAAAUCAUAACGAAAGCACACAGAACGACGAUAGUUGUGAUUUCCCCGAUAAACUAACAGACCUGUAUCACAGGCAAGGUUUGGAAGCGCCAAUAAUCUUAUACCUGCAGGAAUACAGCAUGAAUGCCAAGCGUCAAAUCACCGCAUUUGCAUACUUGCCCUGGCAACCUUCAAGAGAAGUCAAGACCAGGCUUCGGGCUGCCAGUGAUAAGGCCAUACACGUCAUAAGAGAAAAAGUGGUAAAUUUUGAUAAAAGGUUUGCUCACAACUCGGUUGUCGCGGCCAAAUCUGUAGCGCACGGAGUAUUUGGUCAUACCAACAAGAGGUCACUUACAGAUCUCCAUGUCUCUCUCUUCCCGAACAUUUCGUUACCCCAAAACAAACUCAAACCGUUUCUUACUCACGUGCAAAGGGCAGUAAAACCCCUUCAGGUGCCGUCAGAAAUCUUGGCCACUCAACAGUUGAGUGCGUUGGAUCGGAUGCUUUCUGAAGGAAAAGCCACCGGAAAAAAACUUUUACGGCUUCAGUUGGACAGCAGGUUGCAUUUGUACAAACUGACAAAAUCAGGCUCAAUAUUUGUAGGCAUAGGGUUGUCGAAGUACGCGGACGAAAAACGUGAGCAACUUUUGCCGCAGUUCAAGUAUUUGACCCAGAUUUCCGGUGCCAUCGAGAACGAGGCCAAGUUGUUGAACUUCGACUAUAACUGGAUGCAGUUCUCUUUGAGCAAAAGUGAUCACGCUCGCGAGUUACUAUCAUUAUAUUACCAUUUUACGUUGGUGAUCUGUGAGUUGCAUCCACGCGGUCAACGCAUGACAGAAGCUGAGUUUGAGCAGACCAAACAAUGGUUGAAUGAAGUCGAUGUAUCGACGUAUCUCGAAAACAUGUACUUUGAGGCUGAUCACUUUGUGGUGAGCUCGGGAGAUUUGUCAAAGAAAGUUGAUCUCUUUUGAUUCAAAGAGGCGCGCACGUUGGUUAUAACUCCUGGGCCACUGAGGACUGGAAUAGGUAACCUCGUGAAUCUUGAUAAAAAGCAUUCUCGUUGACGCUUUUUCAUCCAUACUGAGUGAAAAUCUAAAAGUGUGGACGAGGGUAUGACGUCGCCAAAAGCUUGUCCCGAGAGAAGGACCGUGGUACGUUUCGACUCGCUCGCAUAUAACUGACCGGACGGGCCAAAACGUAUUCGUCAUAUCGCAAAUAUUUAAAAAAACUACCACCUGUAAAACAUAAUCACAAGGUAUUCUAGAGAAGUAUAUUGUAAAGGGUGUUCCUAUGGUGACAAACGCAACAGCUCCAGGAUCAUUUAUAAGCUGCAGACAGAC